UUUCUUAGACGACAUUUCUUUGCAGAUCAGAUUGUACCGUCGUGUUUGUCUUGUCUCGUGUUCUGAUGUCAAUAUUUACUUAUUAAAACUGAUCUAAAUGAGGAUACUGAAGAGUUUCUCUUUCUGCCCUUCUAAGAUGCGAGACCAGUGUUUAUAACUCUACAUUUCUAGGAAUGUUUAACAAGGAAAAACUUGCUUUUAAAGCUGCAUGCGGAUCACCUUGUAACACAUUCUUUGCUUUUCACAGGCAGAUAGACGUUGCAGACCACAAUGCUUAAGAGAGAAGUGAAGCCAUACUGGAAUCUCUCAGUCACAGUUUUACAUGGCCAUAUCAAAAAGUCAUAUGACUACUGGUCUGAAUCUGACUGUUAUGUCAUCUUGAACCUACCCACGGCAUCUGCUCGUACAUAUCGCACCAAGACUGUCGCAAAUAGCAACAAGCCUGUAUGGAACGAAACCUUUCACUUUAGGGUCCAGAGCAAUGUCAAGAAUAUUCUGGAGUUCCAGAUCUAUGACAAUGACCCGUACAUGAGAGAUGAUCAGAUCACCACCGUCUUGUUCGACAUUGAUAACCUCACACUUGAGAAGAAAGAGAAAAAAUGCUUAAUUUUAAACGAUACGACAAAAGAUGAGCUGUGGGUGGAGUUUGAGAUUACAAACAGCUCUGAGGUACCGAGCCCUAUCAUGACUAAUGGCGUGUUAGUGGCAGGUCCUUUUUGUGAGCUGAAGGUGGGGGUAGACAAGCUUCCUAACACUGAAGCAAUCCAGAACAUGGUGUUGAAGCUGAAGGGGGCUUUUAAAGAGGAUCACCUCAUUUUAAAUGAGGACAAUCCGAAAUUCAUGAAGAUGUUACAUUUUUACAUCAACCGAAACCUGGAAACUGAACUUAAUUUGACCCCUGAGAGCGGAAUGUUCUCUGAAAAUUUUGUCCAGACUGAGACAAAUCAAGUGGAUGGUGCAAAUCCAAAGUAUGAAGACACUGGGUCGUCUAUCGCUUUAAAACCACUUCCAGCCAAACAGCAAAUGAGAGUUUCUUUGCAAUUGGGACAGGAAAAAGUUGAUGUGGAACUGAAUACAGAUGAUUGUGGUGCCGAAGACCUUGAUGUACGUCUGGGUUUUGAUAUCUCGACGGAAGAAAAAACAUUUCUAGUAAAGAGGAGAAAAGUCGUGUCACAAGCUCUACAGAGAGCUCUGAAUCUCACCUCUCCAUCUGAACCAAGCAAAGUGCCAGUGGUGGCUGUGGUGUGUUCUGGUGGUGGGACGAGGGCAAUGACAGGCACAUAUGGAAGUCUUAAAGGGCUAAAGGAGCUCCAGCUUCUUGAUGCUGUCAGCUACAUCACAGGAGUUUCUGGCUCCACCUGGGCUUUAUCUACACUUUAUAGCGACCCUAACUGGUCUAAAACAGACAUCGUUAAGAUUACAGAGUCUGCAAAAAAAGAGAUAUCUAAAAGUACAUUUAGUAUAUUUUCUCGUGACCAGCUGUGGUACUACAAAGAGAAGAUGGAGGAAAAAGAGAAAGAAGGACAUCUCGUAUCUCUUAUUGAUAUGUGGGGUCUUGCUAUAGAGUAUCUUAUUCAAGGAAAGAAUCCCAUGGGCACGCUGAGUGAAAUGCAGAAGACAUUGUCAGAUGGCCAGAACCCUUUACCCAUCUUCACAGCUGUUAACAUGAAGGACGGCAAGUCAGAAAGUACAACCGAGGCUGAAUGGUGCGAGUUCACGCCAUAUGAAGUUGGAAUUUCUAAAUAUGGUGCAUUUGUACCUGCACAGAACUUUGGUAGUGGAUAUUAUCUUGGUCACAUGGUCAAGAAGCUUCCUGAAACAAAUUUGUCCUUUCUAUUGGGAAUAUGGAGCAGUGUUUUCUCUCUAAAUCUGACAAAAAUCUGGGGUCUCACCACUGGAAUCGGCCCUUCAUGGGCCCCUAGGACUGGAGAGGAAGCCAGUGACACAAACACUGCUAAUAAGGCAAAAUCACUCGGCAUGUCCUUCGUCAGCCCAGUUACGGACACAGCCAAAAUGUUGAGCGGUUUUAUGAACAGCCGCCCCAUUAUCAGCCAGAUGUUCAACUUUCUUAGGGGUUUGCAGCUGCACAGGGACUACAACGAGAACUCUGGAUUCAUCACAUGGAAAGAAAAACAUCCAGAUGCCUUUCCUAACACCCUGACCCCAGUGGAUCCCUUGCUUAGUUUGGUUGAUGCUGGAUUUGCCAUUAAUUCCGGAUUCCCUCCCGUGGUAGGCUCUCAAAGACAUGCAGAUGUUAUUAUCUCACUGAACUACUCCUGGGACCAAGACCAGUUCAUGGUUCUGAAGCAAACUCACAAGUAUUGCUCUGAUCGCAAGAUUCCCUUUCCAAAGAUUGAUUUCAAUAAGUUGGAGUCAGUGCCACUAAAAGAAGUUUAUAUGUUUGAGGAAAAAGAAAAUCAAGAGGCUCCCAUAGUGCUUCACUUUCCCUUGGUCAACGUCACAUUCAAACAGUUUAAGGCUCCUGGAGUGAAAAGAGUAGGCGAGAAGGAGCUGAAAGAGGGAGCAGUUAAUGUUGAUUUCAAAAGUGACUCCUGUCCAUAUGUCACUCACAAAAUUACCUACACACCAGAGGACUUCGAUAAGCUUGUCAGCCUCACUUCCUACAACAUUAUAAACAACAAAGAUAUCAUUUUGAAAGUGCUGAACAAAGUGGUUAAUAGGAAAUCCAAAUUUAGCUGGUUUUUUAUAUUCCACAAAGACUUGCGAGAAGGUCAUGCCUUGGCUUUCACACUUCACCGUAGUCCUGCCAAGAACACCACGAUGCAGAAGGAGUUCAUGCCAUAUUGGAACCUCACUGUCACAGUGCUGAGAGGGAAAUUCAGUCAGUCACAUGACCUGUUGACACAGUGUGACUGCUACGUCGUCUUGAAGUUACCUACGGCCUGCGCCUGCUUUCAUCGAACCAAGACUGUCACAAACAACAAUGUUCCAGAAUGGAAUGAAACCUUCCGUUUCCGAGUACACAGUGGUGUCAAGAAUAUUCUGGAGUUCCACAUAUAUGAUGCGGACAGCCUUACGAGUGACGACUGCUGUUCUACCAUCCUGUUUGAUAUCAGUAACCUCACACUUGGACAAAAGCUGACAAAAUGCUUCUUUUCAGAUGAUAAGACAAAGAAUGAGCUGUGGGUGGAUUUUAAGGUGACAGAGAGCUCUGAGAGUCCUGUGCAAUACCUUUCUAAUGGAGUGUUGAUGGCAGGUCCAUUGUGUGCACUAGACGUGAUGGCAGAAAAACGAAAGACUAAUGUGAAUAACAUGCUGCUAAAACUGAGAGGUGCAUUUAAGGAAGACUGUUUGAUCUCAGGCUCUGAGGAAAAUCCCAGCUUCUCACAAACUAUGCGCUACUACAUCAAUCGAGACCUGGAGACUGAAUUUAGUCUCAUGCCAUCACAGGACAUGACAGAAGUGGAUGGUGCAAAUGUGAAUGCUGUAGAACCCCUGUCCUCUGUUUCUAUUAGACCAAUACCAGCCAAAAAAAAGAUCAAACUCUCUUUGCCUGUUGGAGAGGGUUCCAUAGAUCUGCAAGUAAAGACAGAGGACCGGUCUAUUGAAGACAUGAAUGUACGUCUUGAUUUUGAUAUCCCGACGGAGGAAAAAAAAAUUCUGGUAAAGAGGAGAAAAGUGGUGUCACAAGCGCUACAGAGAGCUCUGAAACUCACAUCUCCUCCUGAACCCAGCAAGGUGCCAGUGGUGGCUGUGGUGUGUUCUGGAGGUGGAACGAGGGCAAUGACGGGCACAUAUGGAAGUCUUAGAGGACUACAGAAACUCCAGCUUCUUGAUGCUGUCAGCUACAUCACAGGGGUUUCUGGCUCCACCUGGGCUUUGGCCUCUCUAUAUGGUGAUGCUGACUGGUCAAGCAGUGAUCUGAAUGUGACUAUGGAGUCUAUGAAAAAGGAGAUAUCAAAAAGUAUGCUCAGUUUAUUUUCUCCAGAGCAGCUACGACACUACAAAGAAAAGAUGGAAGUGAAAGAAAAACAAGGACAUCUCGUCUCUCUCAUCGACAUGUGGGGUCUGGUUAUAGAGUAUCUUAUCCAAGGAAAGAAACAAAUGGUGACACUCUCUGAACAGCAGAAGGCACUCUUAAAGGGCCAGAACCCACUUCCAAUCUACACAGCUCUCAACAUGAAGAAUGGCAAGGCAGGAAGUACAAUAGAGUCUGAAUGGUGUGAAUUCACCCCGUAUGAGGUUGGAUUUCUCAAGUAUGGAGCCUUCAUACCUGCACAGAACUUUGGGAGUGAAUAUUAUCUUGGUCACUUGGUCAGGAAACUCCCUGAAAUUGGGAUGUUUACUCUAUUGGGAACAUGGAGCAGUGCUUUCUCUCUGAGUCUGACUCAGAUUUGGAGUUGUGUCACUGGAGUCAUCCCAUCCUGGGCUCACAAGAUUGGAGAAGAUGUGAAGCAGUCAGACACGGAUGAUAAAGCGUCAACGCUGGACACGCUUCAUGUCAGUCCUAUGACUGAACUGGCAAAGAGGAUGAGCAACUUUCUGACCAGCCGCCCCAUUAUCAGUCAAGCGAACAACUUUCUGAGAGGUUUCCACAUGCACAGGAACUACAGUCAGAACAGUGACUUAACCGCAUGGGAGGAAACCCAUCCAGAUGCUUUCCCUAACUCUCUAACACCAGCCGACCCCACCAUCGGCCUUGUAGAUGCUGGUGCUGUGUUCAAUUUGGCAUUUCCUCCAGUGCUUCGCCCUAAGAGACGUGCAGAUGUUAUUCUGUCUCUGAACUACACUUGGGAUGUGGACCACUUCAAGCCCCUGAAGCAAACUCAUGAGUACUGCAGUGAACGUAAGAUUCCAUUUCCAAGGAUUGAUUUCAAAAAGUUGGAGUCCGAGCCGAUGAAGGAAGUUUAUGUGUUUGAGGAUAAAGAAAAUCCAGAGGCUCCCAUAGUGCUUCAUUUUCCCCUGAUCAACAUCACAUUCAAACAGUUCAAGGCUCCUGGAGUGAAGAGAGAGGGUAAGACUGAGAUGAAGAAUGGAGAUUUUGACAUUGACUUCACCAGUCUCUCAAGUCCGUUUGCUACCUCCAGACUGACUUAUGCACCUGAGGACUUCCAGAAAUUGGCCGACCUCACCACCUACAACAUUGUAAACAACAAAGACAUCAUUUUAAACACACUGAACAAAGCCAUUAAGAAGAACAAAAAGUGAUUCCAAAUUCUAAUGUCAGAGUGAUUUUUCCUUGGAUUUGAAGUAGAUUUUAAAUAUGCUGUGUUAAAUAUGUGCGGUUAAUAAAGGUUUAUUUAUAUUCA